UUUUGAAGUUACAAUUCAGUAAACAUUUUGAAGUGGACAUGUUUCUGAGAAACUUUUUUAAAAGAAAACCCAAAACAACGGCACAUAAACUUGUGAACAAUUCUUUUGGAAAUUAUGAGGUUAUUGAACCAUGGGAAGUUUCUGAAAUUAGAGGAGUACCACCAUAUAUCCCUAAACCUUCUUACAGUCAAACUAUGACACCUCGAGACGGACCAAAGAAACCAGAAGUUAAAGAUAAAAAUCAAAUACAGAGUAUGAGAGAUAGUUGUAGUUUUGCUAAACGAAUAUUAACUCAUAUUGAACAAUAUAUAAAGCCUGGCAUGACCACAGAUGAAUUAGAUGCAACAGUUCAUGAAAUGAUUAUAAGUAAUGGAGCUUAUCCUAGCCCACUUAAUUAUAAAGGAUUUCCAAAGUCAAUAUGCACUAGUAUCAAUAAUGUUGCAUGUCAUGGAAUUCCAGAUAAAAGACCUUUAUUAAAAGGAGAUAUACUUAAUGUUGAUGUAACAGUAUAUUUACAUGGGUAUCAUGGAGAUUGUUCAAAAAUGUUUGAAGUAGAAGAAUGUGAUGAUGAAGCCAAACGAUUGAUAAGUGUAACAAAAUUGUGCUUAAAAAAAGCUAUUGAUAUUUGUAAACCUAAUGAGAAUUUUUCUAGUAUAGGAAAUAUUAUUGAAGAAACAGCAUGUAAACAUGGAUAUUCUAUAGUUCCAAUAUUUGCAGGACAUGGCAUAGGUACAUACUUUCAUGGACCACCAGAUAUUUUUCACUUUGCAAAUAACUUUGAUGGAAAAAUGCUGCCUGGGAUGACAUUUACCAUUGAACCAGUUUUAAGUCAAGGUAAUGAAGAAGUUAAAAUUUUAGAAGAUGGAUGGACAGCUGUUACAGUAGAUAAUGCACGAACUGCUCAAUAUGAACAUACUAUUUUGAUCACCGAUUCUAGCUGUGAUGUACUGACACGUUAACCAUAUAAAAUUAUAUUUGUACAUACAUUUUUCUCGGAUUUGAAUCUCAUAACCAUCGUAAAUCGU